UUUCUCCCAUGUAAUCAGAGUUUGCAUGAACAUAAACAUAGAUUUCCAUAAUAAAAUUUUAUGCCCUUGAAUGUUCACUAAGAUAUUCACUCCAUCAAUUCAGAGGCCGAACAAUAGACAGUAAUUAUACAAUCACCUGGGAAUAGCAAACAGAGCACAAUUAGGCCUAUUUCCUCCUUUUCUACUGACCUAGGCACCUGGUGCGUAGCAUAGCAUAUAUCAUGGGCCAAACAAAGAUAUAGUAAAACACAAUUUCCCAAGAAUUGAAGACAUAGUACAAUUAGAUAUAUUUCCUCUCAUGUCUACCAACUCAGUGCAUGGCAUGGCGUGGCAUGUAAGCUCUUUGAUUGAGUGGGGAGUAAAAAUUCUGAUAACAGUCCAUCAAAGAUGUGACCGCAACAGAAAAGGGUAGUCUGUGUACCCGACAACAGGAUCCUGAGUGUAAAAUGUUUUCCUAAUAUACUUAUUCAAGGGUGCAUUGACCUUAAACCUCAAGACUAAGUCCGGAUUUGCAAUAAAAAGACGGCCAUAGGAUACAAGAUCAGCAUCACCUUCAGCAACUGCUUGCAUUCCCAGUUCCCUAGUGAACCCACCACUGCACAUGAAAGUUCCUUGGAAAGCCCUUCUCCAAGUCCUUAUCAUAUGAGCUUCUUCAUCCUCACUGCCAGGUCUUCCUGAUUCUGUCUGGCCAUAGGCAGUGUACCGAGGCUGAGUUAUGUGAAGGUAAGUGAGCUUUGAGCCAAAUUGAAGCUGGAGCUUGUUAAGUCUCUCAAUCACUGCUAACCCCAGGGUGAGAGGAUUAGAGUCGGUUGCAUCAAGGUGAUCAAUUGCAGGUGAAACUCUGACACCGACCCUUUCAGCACCAAUUGCUGACACUACUGCUUGAACAACCUGGAUUAAAAAUUUGCACCUGUUUGCAAGUGAUCCACCAUACUCGUCUGUUCGGUCAUUGAUCCCAUCCUUCAGGAAUUGGUCAAUGAGGUAUCCAUGUGCCCCGUGGAUCUCAAUCCCAUCAAAACCUGCAAUCAAAUCAGAAUAAAGUUCUUCAACAGUA